CUCUGAUUGGCUGGGUUGCGGUCACGUGGGGUAGUGCAGUCAGUCGCUGUGCCGUGCCUCGAGCCAGCGCUGAGUGGAGCCUGUCUGCCAACAGCUUCAGCAGCGGCUCUAUCGGGAUCCUACUAAAUUCACUGACAAUUAAAGGAGGCCCCUUUUUCUUCUUAUUUACGAGGACUAUUCUUCACCAUGGGCGACAAAAAGAGCCCUACUAGGCCAAAAAGACAAGCCAAACAGACAGCUGACGACGGCUACUGGGACUGUAGCGUCUGCACCUUCAGGAACACCGCCGAGGCUUUUAAAUGCAGCAUCUGCGAUGUGAGGAAGGGCACAUCCACAAGGAAACCCAGGAUCAACUCCCAGCUGGUUGCCCAGCAGGUGGCUCAGCAGUACCCGAUGCCACCUCCCCCAAAGAAGGAGCGGAGGGAGAGGAGUGAGCGCGCGGACAAGGAGCGCCCAGACGGAGAAGGAGAGCGUGCCAGUGGGGAGGGACGCCCCGAGGGUGAGCGUCCAGAGAAAGUGAGGUCAGAGGGAGACACCCCUGAGAAGGACAAAAGCGACAAGGAUCAGCCAAUCAAAGAUAAAUCUGACGGAGAGAAAGACAUCAGCCCAGCUGUUACGAAGAGGCCUGGCAGCAAAAAGACCAGACCCAAAUCAGACAACCAUCAGAGCCCAGCCAGUGACAAACACAGCAUACAGUCUGGCAAAUCAGCAACCAAGACCAACAAGAACUCUCACAUUUCCAGACCUAAACUGAAGAACAUUGACCGGAGCACUGCCCAGCAGUUGGCUAUCACUGUAGGGAACGUGACGGUUAUCAUAACAGACUUUAAGGAGAAGACCCGCUCCUCCUCCACGUCCUCGUCCACCAUCACGUCCAGUGCAGGCUCCGAACAGCAGCACCAGAGCUCUGGCUCCGAGAGCAUAGACAAGGGCUCAUCGCGCGCCUCCACACCUAAAGGAGUUCUCUCUGUGGGGCACGACGAGUCGUUCUGAGGUCCCGCCCUUUGGCCCCGUCCUCACCCUGCUCCACUUCCCCUUUUCCCCACAUGUUUCUGAACACUAUGGAUCCCAUAGGGGGAGAGACUUCACCUUUCCCAUCGCUGCCCUGCCUCCAUUCCACGACCACCCUGGAUGCUGAGAGGAACAGUGCGGUGCGCCUGUCAGCUUGCAGCUUCCCUCGUGGUUACACCUGUGGCACAGGCAAGGAGAGCUGGGUUACUAAGAAUACACCCUCACCCCAACCCCCCUGCGGUAGCAUCCAGACACUUGUAUGUAUUGUUUUAUAUUUGUACGUGGGUGUGAGGCCAAGUCAACAUUUUUUUUGUUUGUUUUUGUAAAGAAGAAUUCUUCGUUGGGCACAGUAACCACAAUCAUUUUAAUAACUUUAAACUAUUAUUACCCUUAUUUAUUACCUGUUGCACCUGUAUACUUUGAUAUUCUUCUUUUUAUGUUGAAGCUUUGCUGUGUAGCUCUGCCAAUCGAUUGUUCUUCAGUGUUUUUAUUACAGUUUAAAAAUGAUAGGACAAGACUCAAGUCACACACACAUGUACACACAUCAUAUACAGACACACACACACACACACUGGUGCUAGAUACACUGUGAAGCAGUUUUGCAGAUCUGGGAUCGCCCAUUCACUCAAUGUGACAAGUGCUGAUGAAUCAAAUUCUCAUUCACUUUUCUCAACCAAACUGUCUCACUCUGAACACUGUCUGGACCCCCAGCAGGUCCAUCUGCUCGUUCUCUCAAUGUUCCUCAGAAGAAGGUCACAUGAAGUUCGGACGCCUGACUUUUUCAACUGUAGAUUGUUUAUGCUAUAGCAGAUCUCUUAUACAGUAUCUUAUGUCUUUAACUGUACAGUGUGGGCUGUUGUGUAAAACACUAAAAGCUGUUGAUAUUUUCUGCAUUCCGUACUUAAAUAUUGCAUUUUCUGGCUGAAGGCAGCUCAGCUUUUCUUUCUGUUGUGGCUGAAGGAUGGUUACACACAGUUCCUCGUGGUAAAACCAUACUGAACUGUGAAACGGACCCGUUGUGUCGAGCUGUUGUGAAUCGAUUUCAUCCUUUCUUUUGUUGUGGUCUUGAAGACGGUUUUGAAUCUUCGUUCUCUCAACCUUGAUUUCCCUGAAAGCAAGUGCAAAAAUAAUUUACAGAGUUGACAUUUGACAAUUCACUUGUUUAUUUUUAUUAAUUUAAGGCUCCUGUCAUUGAAGGCAAAAAAACAUUGCAGUAGUAAAUAGAAUACAAAUGCUCUUUCGAUUUUUAGAACAGCAAGGCUUAUUUAAGUUUUAUUCACUUUCACCUUAGCUGAUAGUAGACCAACAUAAUUUCCUUUUAACUGUAAUAAACUGUAUAAAGAAUAAAUGUGUAUAUGAUAUCUUAGUUUUAUUUAUUGAAGGACCAAAGGAAUUUCAUAAUGACAUGAUACAUAGAUUAAUAACAAUUUGAAAUGCAAUUAUCUAAUGUGUGAGAUGAACAGUUUAAAUAAAGACUAAUAUAAUCCAUGUAAA